AUAGAAGAGCUAAUGAAUUUUUCGUAAUAUCCAACAACAGCUUUGUAGGGGAGAAGCUUCUUCUUUGUACAAUUACCUUUUUUUUUCUUCACCCAAAUGUCUUUUGAGCAUUCCUGAAGUGAAGGCUAUGUUUUUUGGGCUUGCAGAGUGUUAAUGAUGAGUUGAUAAGAGAUGUUAUUGCACAAACAUCGGGUUUCAUGCCGAGGGAUAUACUUGCCUUGGUUGUUGAUGCCGGGGCAUCAUUUGUACAAAGAGUUCUUCAGCGAGGCUGAUCUUCUCCUUUCUGAUGGACAUAAGACUGACUUGAAAGCUCUAAUCCCUUAUAUUCCAAGAAGCUGUCAGUGCUCUAAUCCCUCAUAUUCCAAGAAGCUGUCAGUGCAUUCUUAUGUCUGCAACUACUAGUCCUGAUGUUGAUAAACUGAAGAAGCUCCUGUUGCACGAGCCUGUAAUUCUGACUCUCUCUGAAGAAGGCCAAUCUAAUAGUGAUCUAAUUCCUGGAAAUAUUGAACAAUAUUGGAUCUCUUGCAGCGCUCAUGAUAAGCUACUCUACAUAUAAGCUCUCUUAAAGCCAAAGCCCAGGCUUCUUGCAGGAAAAGUUUUGAUAUUUGUCAACUCAAUUGAUAUGGCAUUUAGACUAAGGUUGUUCCUUGAGAAGUUCAAAAUAAGAUCUGCUGUCUUAAAUGCUGAAUUGCCACAAAAUUUACGGCUUCAUAUUCUUGAGAAAUUCAAUGCAAGGCUAUUUGGUAUUCUAAUAGCAAUAGAUGAUAAUCAGACUAAGGAGAAGGAUCAUACAAGUAGAGAAAGUCAAGUGCAAUCUAGAAGUACCAAGAAGAAGUUCCAGCAAAAUUUAGAUGCCGAAUUUGGAGUCGUCAGAGGAAUCGAUUUCAAAAAUGUCUUCACGGUAAUCAAUUUUGACAUGCCUCGAAGCCCUGCUGGAUAUGUUCAUAGAAUUGGCCGCACUGGAAGGGGCCGUAACACUGGUACUGCUGUGUCACUUGUAACACUGGUACUGUUGUGUCACUUGCCGUAACACUGGUCCUUUUCUUAUCCUGUGUGAAAUCAUGAAUGCAGUGAACAUUUUCUUCUCCGGAGUUACCAAUAGCAUCAUUCUAUUGUUGUUUAAUCCCCUUUUUUCGAGGUUCUUGGGUUUUUUUUGAGGUCCUUUUAUCAAUGGUCAAACAAAACUUUUGAGUUUCAUGAGUUUGUUGCAAAUGAGAUAUAUGAGUAUUAAGUUGGAAAAUUUCGUGGCUAUUGUUAGGAAAGGUUGGAAGGUUGGAAGGGUUGCCCUGCCUUCCUAUUGUUGUUGUAACAAAUAUUGACUUCCAUAAUGGUAUCCUAGGCUUGAUUGGCUAUGGGACAGGUUUUUAAGAUGAACUAUGUUGUAAAGAUUAU